AUGGGAAAAGAGCCAUUGACUUUGAAGAACAUUCAAAUGGCUCUUGAAGAACUGUAUCCCAACAAAGCCCGGGCUCUGACACUGACCCCACAUAGCCGGGUCCCUUCCCCCAGACUGAGGAGCAGGCUUUUUAGCAAGACUCUGAAAGGGAGUCACCACUGUGGGGAGACUGAGAUCACCAAGAGCUGUGGUGAGACAGCUGGGUCCAAGGUAGCCAUCAGGCACCCAGGGAAGACUCCUGUGGAGCCAGCGCUGGAGGAUAGGACGAGGGCCCAGAAGAAUUGGGUGAGAGGGAAGCGGGAGCCUGAAUCCAAUAGCAAGCCUCCCAGAGAAGCCACUCCAGAGGAGAGGCAUGCCAGUGGAGAGCAGCAUCUUGGGGUAGAGCUAGAAAAAACCUCAGGAGAAAUGAUCCGAUGUGAGAAGUGUAAGAGAGAGCGAGAGCUCCAGCAGAGCCUGCAGAGGGAGAGACUCUCCAUGGGGACUAGUGAGCUGGACCUGGGCAAGUCUUCAAGGUAUGAUAUGGAGAAGUUGGUGAGGACAAGAAGCUGCAGGAGGUCCCCUGAAGUGAACCCUUCAGGUGGGGAGGAAGGAUGGAAGGGCGACAGCUGCAGGAACAAUCCCAGGAAUCCCACUCAAGACCUGAGGAGACCCAGCAAGAACACAGAGAAGAAAGAGGGCAGAGAUCUGGAUGGUCAAGAAAGUCAUCCCCAGGGAGCAGUCAAGACUAAGAAAGAGCUUGUGGAAAGUCAACUUGUCACAGACCAGGGGCUGAGGGAAGGGAAGAAAGAAACCAAGACUCUUUGUAGGAAAAAACAUGGUGGCUGGCUCCUGAGAGAACAUCGCACUGAUUCUGAGAAGCUGCCUCGGACCCGAGCUGAGGAGAAGGAAACUGAGAAAGAGAAAAAGGUGUGUGUGUCAGGAGGGAGAAAAAUGGUUCUAAGGGAUGAUGAACUUACCAGGGGAGAAAAAGAGCCCAAAACAAGGCCAGAAGAAAACAAGGUCGAUGGACCACUGAGACGGAAGGCCCGGCCCACAGGCAUCAUUGCAGCGGAUGUGGAGAAGCAUUAUGAGACUGGUCGGGUCAUUGGGGAUGGAAACUUCGCUGUGGUGAAAGAGUGCAGACACCGAGAAACCAGACAGGCCUACGCAAUGAAGAUUAUUGACAAGGCCAAACUCAAGGGCAAGGAGGACAUGGUCGACAGUGAGAUCUUAAUUAUCCAGAGCCUCUCUCAUCCCAACAUAGUGAAACUACAUGAAGUAUAUGAAACAGAACCAGAAAUCUACCUGAUCAUGGAGUACGUGCAGGGAGGGGAUCUUUUUGAUGCGAUCAUAGAAAGUGUCAAGUUCCCAGAGCACCACGCUGCCCUCAUGAUCAUGGACUUGUGUCAGGCGCUCGUCCACAUACACGACAAGAACAUUGUCCACCGGGAUCUCAAACCAGAAAACCUUUUGGUUCAGCGAAAUGAGGACAAAUCUACUACCUUGAAACUAGCUGAUUUUGGUCUUGCAAAGCUUGUGGUAAGACCUAUAUUUACUGUGUGUGGGACUCCAACUUAUGUAGCUCCUGAAAUUCUUUCUGAGAAAGGUUACGGGCUGGAGGUGGACAUGUGGGCUGCAGGUGUGAUCCUCUAUAUCCUACUGUGUGGCUUCCCCCCAUUCCGCAGUCCGGAGAGGGACCAGGAUGAGCUCUUUAACAUCAUCCAGCUGGGCCAUUUCGAGUUCCUCACCCCUUACUGGGACAAUAUCUCUGAAGCUGCCAAAGAUCUGGUGAGCCACUUGCUGGUGGUAGACCCCCAAAAGCGUUACACAGCCCACCAGGUUCUUCAGCACCCCUGGAUCGAAGUUGCUGGACAGACCAGCACAGCAAACGUACAGAAGGAAUUGUCCCUGGGCACUGAGGGCCUCUUCCGGAGCCAGCACAAGAGAGCUGCAGAGGAGGCGUCCUAA